GUGUUUUUGUAAGAGUACAUGCUACUCAAUAAUAAGGAUGUUAUCCCUUUCCCCAUGCUCUCCUCCUAUAAAAACACCACCUAGCCUAAGCAUCCACUCGCUACUGAUCAUCCAACACGAGGAAGCAUCCAGGACUACAUACGAGAUGGGCAAGACACUGUUGCUCCUGCCCGUCCUGCUCGUCGCUUCCCUGGGCAUGUCGACGACGGUGGUGCGGAGCGAGCUGGCGUGCGGCAGCCUGAGGGAGCAGUGCAUGGCCAUGUGCAUCCUAGCAAGCUGGUGCAUGCACUGUUGCCAGGCCCGCGGAUACGCCCACGGCCGCUGCAGGGUCCUCCACGGCGAGACCACCUGCUACUGCUGCAAGGACGUGCCCCCCUCCCCCUCCCCGGCUCCCGGCCCGCAGAAGAGCUCCGCCGCCGGCGACCUCACUUUCUUGACCGACUGAGGAAUAUGCGGCGACAUCCUCACUCUCUUUAUGCAUCAAGCGUGAGUUGGGCCAACUCCUGAAUAAAUGGACAAGAUCUGUCUAGUAGUUUUACGCGAUCUUUCCAAAAAGGAUAUGCAUGUUUGCUAAUUGCUAUGCCAACUCGAUCUUUUA